AUGUCAUUUGCUUGUAAACAAGAGGAAUUAGUAGCUGACCUGGGGAUCAAGGUGAAGCGUAGUUUAAUGAUAGCCACUGGGACCGAUCAUCAUAUUUUGGAAAUUCAUGGAACACUUCAGACGGUGAAGGCUCAAAUGCUCGAUCCUAACGACGUUGUUCAGGAGGCCACCAUCGAGCUUGUUGGAAAAUGCGUGAUAUUAGUAAAGCCAGAUUACGUUUACGUUCCGCAGUGCUACUGGACAUUAAUUCAGCGCAUAAUGGGCAGUGGAUUAGCACUCUAG